UAAAAAAGGCGUUGCGCAGAACACAGAAAAGCAGGUUGUCAGACGAUUACGUUGUAAACAACAGCAGGCGUGUAAAUCUUUUAAUCUGAUGAACUUGGUGAGAGUCCCCGAGAAGUUUCUUCGAACUACCUGAUACGACAGUUUCAUUGUCAACGCACCCAAGUUAUCAUUUAAAAGCGUUACUCAUACCGUGCCAUCCUGUGCCUUCCCUCCACGGGUCACGCUGGUUUUAAAGACUAGAAGGUUCAGUAGGUUUCCAGUAAAAGAUUGCCUGAAGUGAAGACAAAGUGAAGAUGAGGACGACCACAGAACGGAGAUUGACGAAAGAAGACUGUAUGAUAAUUGCUCUGUUUAUACUCAUUUUAGUUUCUGCAACAACAGUGACAUCCGAAGAAGGGACUUGUCCUUCUGGGACAGGUUGGGAUAGAAACCAAGGGAGGUGCCUUCCGUGUGCCUGUUGUAUACGAACAUAUUUCAUUGGAAUAAACGAAAAUGAAACAAGAAUUGCCCCUGAAAACGCCGACUGUGUGUCUCAGGCGACGGAUGGCGACAAAAAAUGUUUGUAUGACCCUGGAGCCUUGGCCACUGAGUGCCCCGUACAAGCCACAGAUACACCAAUGACUCAGACCCAGCCUACAGGUACCCAAGUGACCAUGACCUCUGAACCCGGAAGUAAGUCUCCUGUGAAUUCUGGGAACAAAGUGGUGCAGUCCGUGAUAGCAGCGAUUUUAGCUGUUACGAUGUCAAUGGCAAUGAAGCUAUUCUAGAAAAGAGAAGAAAGGAAAUUGCAGCUGCUGAUUAUUUAGGGAAUAGUCUAUGCAAUUCCCUUUCUUGAAAACCACUUAACUCUACCAAAAAUUAAAAUACAGGCCUCUAAAUUAAGAAUCAAUCAUGUUUGGAACAAACACCUUCGGGCGCGAGCCAUAGGUUAAGAUAAAUAUUAGUCUGAAAUUUAUGUCAUCAUUUUAACCGUGACCCAAACAUGGGCACCUCCUAAUUUGAAGUCCACUUUGCUUUUUUAAGUAUAAUGCCGGUGAUUUUACCACCUAUAAACACAAUUGCAUGUACUGGUAGCUGAUCUGUUCAGACGAUUUUUA